UCCAGUCUCGACUUUGUUCCCCAUUCCCUAAAUCUCACCAGCGUCGUUCACGAUCUCCAGUUCCGACCUCACACGGUCAGAUCUUACAAGCCACAGCAUUGCCGUCGUUCACUCUCCAGCUCCGAGCUCCCACGGUUGGCCGUUCGCACUCUAUCCCAAUCUCCAGAUCUAAUCUCUCCUCCUCUUCAGUACUCAUUUACAUCGUGCGUCGUCAAUGGAAAUCUGAAGUCUGAAUAUGAUUAUAUAUACAUUCAUGGAAGAAAUCGCUGAAAUCAGAAGUCACCGCCAUGAACACCCACACACACAAGAGCCCCAAAAGCUUGAAGCGUCUCAAAUUUCAAGCGUCAAAGCCUUCAUUGAAUCAAACGACGCCGUUCCAAUCCCUUCUACCUACUUCUCUGUCCAUGAGCUUCGUGAAGAUGUUGCAGAAAACAACCUUGCUGCUUCCAUCCCCGUCAUAGACUUCUCCCUCCUCACCUCCGACAACCCUCAUGUCCAUGCCAAUGCCGUCCGACAACUCGGCACUGUCUGCAAAGAAUGGGGCUUCUUCAUGAUCAUAAAUCAUGGGAUUUCGGAGAAGCUGAUGAAGGAUCUAUUAAACAAGUGUGUCGAGUUUCACAACUUGUCUUUUGAGGAAAAGAAGGAGCUUGCAAAUGAAGAACUGGUCACACCCAUUAGAUAUGGCACAAGUGCUCUUCCUCACGGGGAGAAGGCUGAUUGCUGGAGAGAUUAUCUCAAAGUUGAAACACAUCCUAAUUUCAAUUUCCCCCACAAACCUCCUGGUUUCUCGGAGCUUGCGUUUGAGUACAGUAGGAAAAUCAGAGAGGUAUUGAGGACUUUGCUUCAAGGAGUAUCUGAGAGCUUAGACUUACGACCCAAUGCCAUUAUUGAUUACACAGACUACGAUUCAAGUUAUCAGACAUGUCAAACCAACUUGUACCCUCCAUGUCCUAAACCAGACCUUGUUUUAGGGUUGCUUCCUCAUAAUGAUAACGGCUUGAUGACACUUCUCAUUCAAAAUGACGUAAAUGGCCUUCAGGUGAUGCAUGAUGGCAAAUGGGUCAACGUCAAUCCUAUUCCCAAUUGCAUACUUGUCAACACUGGAGAUCAACUUGAGGCUGUCACUAACGGAAGGUACAAGAGUAUUCGGCACAGAGUAGUGGUGAAUGAAAGACACGCAAGGGUUACGUUGGCACUGGGGAAUGGACCUUCCCUUGAGAACGAAACAUGUCCUGCACCGGAGCUUCUACAGAAGGAGAAGGCAGUGUAUAAGAGCAUCAAGUAUAAGGAUUACUUCAAAGUUCAACAAGAGGCCAGAAUUGCUGAUAAGAGAGGCUUGGAUAUGAUUCAUAUUAAUUAGUGACAAUAAUAAAUUAUGCUCCAAUCAAUUAAUAAACUCAUGUAAUCUUGUGUUAUUAUUCGACGAUAGAUUUGAGUUUGUGUCUUGGUCGCUAGCCUAUAUGCUUAUAAAUAUUGUGUGAUGAUGGGGAGAUGCAUGGAUUGAUAUUAAGUUGUCUGGUAGUUAAAUUAUUCUAUGUUAUUAAGUAAGAUUAAGCCGACCCCACCUAAUGGGAUAAGGCUUGUUGUUGUUGUAUUAAUUAAGACUUUGUUGGUUAUAUGUAUACUUUUUUUUUUUAAAAAAAAAAGUUAUUUGUGAUA